GUUUUGUGUAUUGUGUUGGUGGUAAUGUUCGGUUGCGAUCGCAGCAGAUUGUAAAAGGAAGAGACAAAUUACUAUUGUUGUUAAACAUUGUUAUUAACGUUAUUAGAGCGUAAAUUCACUAUGAACUGUUAUUUUUCUUCAUUUUUAAAUAACUUUGGGCUGUAUUAUUUCUUGUCGUUUAGAAACAGAUAAAACGCAAAUGUACAAUUACUAAUUUAAAAACACUAUUGUAAAAUGAGCAAAUUUGCAGAUUAUUUUGUUAUAUGUGGCCUAGACUAUAAUUCAGGCUUAGAACCAGACAGAGUAUCAGGCGACAAUUUACAUGUAUCUCCACUUGAAAGAAGUUACAAGUGCAAAAUACUGGCCCAUUAUCCAGAAAAUGUAUCCACAAACCCUUUUGAUUCAUCUGCAGUUUGUAUGCUUGCUCUGCCCAAUGGUUUAAAAUUUAGAACUCAGAAGCAUUCAGUAACUCAAUCUCCUUCUUUUCAUUCUUUUGUAAUUACUCGAGAGGAUGGCAAAAGAUGUUACGGUUUUAGUCUCAUAUUCUUUGAGGAAGUUAGAAAUCGAGAUAUUUGUACAGCUGUUCAAACAUUGCAGGCAAUGUACUUAACUGAACUGUCCAGUAAUCUUAAAAGUAACAUAGUACAAGCUAUUCAAAACCAAGGACCCCAUACCAGAUCUUUGCCAAAACAUUUUAAGUUAUCUACACCUACAGCAAAUGGACCUUCAUUGGCUUAUUAUGAUAUUUCGAAAGACAAACUAUUUGUGUCAAAGAGUAUAAGUAUAAUUUGCCAGAUUCCUUAUGUAAAUGCUGCCAAAAUAUUUUUAGAAAAUUUAUACAGAUGUGCCCCUAAAAGGAGCAUUUCAACAAACUGCCUGAGCUUAGAAAGCUAUGUAUUUAAUCUUUUGAAUGAGGUGCAGCUUCCUGCACCUGGGAAAAGCAUUAUGAUUCAUUUGCCACCAUCAGAUCCUCAUUUACCACUAACUAGUUGCAUUAUUCAGUGUCCUUCGUAUCCUUUAGAGUUGCCACAUUUUGAUUUUCCCCUAAGGUUAAUGUUUACUUGGUUGGGGGUGGAUAUUGUGCUGCAACUUUUUACCUGUCUUCUAUUAGAAAACCAAAUUCUUUUGAGAAGUACAGAUUGUCAAAGACUCAUGGUGGUUGCGGAAGGGAUAACGACACUUCUUUUUCCGUUUAUGUGGCCCCACGUGUAUGUCCCAAUACUACCAGCGUCUCUAGAACAUUUCCUUGAUGCACCCGUUCCUUUUUUCAUGGGGCUUCAUGCAAACAAUGAUAAUAUUAAAGUGGCUUCCGAGGCCACUUUAUGUUUUGUGGACAUCGACAAGUGUAAAGUUCAGUUACCAGAAGAAAUGGCAGCGUUUCCUUAUCUAGAAGCAUUUACCGCUGAAAUAUGGGCAGCUUUAGAUAAGCAUCGCGUUCACGUCCCCAAUGGAGAAAACGCUAAGCAAGUAACUUAUGAUAUCAUGUCGAGAAGUUGUACAUUACCUGUAAAACCCCAAAAUAAGCGGAUGAUGUCUGUACAUGAUCAUUUGGAUUAUGACAGACCACCUUCACCGCCCGGUUCCGCCAGGUCGGAAGCUUUACAAAGGAUCGCUGACAUUGUCAGACGUACUGGGGUGGCCCUGGAUAAAACGAACUCCGUACAUCCAAGCGAUUCGUACCUGGAAGAUCUUCGGUUAAAUAACACCAUCAGGGAAAUAUUUCUUAACAGAUUCGUACAUAUGUUUCAAACUUAUGAAAACUUUGUUAUCAUUCCAAACGAGCACAAUAAAGAGGACUGGCUGAAUAAUCGUGACUCAGUACAAAAUUUUGACAAAGCAUCUUUCUUAUCAGAUCAACCCGAGCAAGACAGACCUUUCUUGUGGCGGUUUUUAGAAUCCCAAAUGUUCACCACCCUAAUCGAUAAUAAAAUUUUAUCAACUUGGGGAGAAACUGAUGAAAAUCUACAAAUAUUCGAUAAUAGAAUCAAAUGCCUUCGACAGCGUUAUGGAGGUGAAAAUUUAAUGCGUUCCCUUACUUACGAACCGUGCACUUUUAACUACGAAACACAAAAACUUAUUGAUUGCCGUAUGGAAAGUCCCGAUUUCGAAUCUCCAACUCCCAGGGAAAUAUUGACCACAAAACCUCAAACGACUACGAAAUAUUUCCCUCUUUUGGACAAAGAAGUAUUAAAUAAAAUACCCGUUAUUAAUAAAGGAAGCAUUCCAAGAGCUAGUGUAACAAGGAAAAAUUAUCGUUUGACCAGACUGUCCCAUUCAAAUGAAGAAAAAUCUAAUGUUGGCAAUGGACAAGACGUAUCUCCUGCUGUUUUAGCACAAGCUAACUGGACUUUUGUCGAAAAACUCCUUAAGGACUGUAAAGCAAAAACAAAACGAAUGCUCUUAUCAAAAUUGGGGGCUGAAGGGGUUACUUUAUCCUGCAAUAAUAGUACCGAUAUGAACGGGGCUGUAGAAGAAAGUACUUUGGUUACCUCUCUGUGUGAUUUUCUUGAGAGGGUUUGGUCCCAUGGAUUGCAAAAAAAGCGUGGAAAAUCGGCCUUGUGGUCACACUUGUUGGCUUAUCAAGAGUAUCAUCAAUGUUCAAUAAAAAUAAAUAAUCAAAUUUUAUCAACAGGUAAGUAUUUUUUUUUAAAAACUUCGACCGCGCCACUGAAGAUAUCUGCCGCAGCAGAAAAUGAAACGUCUGCUACUUCAAACCAAAUUAGACCACGAAAUGUUCAAGGAAUGGCUGACGUUAGAACAAGUGUUGGUAAAGCGAGAGCUUGGGUUAGGUUGGCGUUAGAAAAAAAACAGCUUUCAAAACAUAUAAAAACUUUGCUAUCUGAUCAAGACCUUUUACGUAGCCUGUACAAGAGGACCGCUUUUCUUCGCUGCGAAGAAGAAAGAGAGCAAUUCUUGUACCAUCUUCUUUCGCUCAAUGCUGUUGAUUAUUUCUGUUUUACCAGUACUUAUCCCACAACUGUGAUAAACUACAAAGUCCUUAUUGUACCGAAUAAAAAAGGAACAACUUCUGCCAAUGCUUGGAUGGUGCUUUCAGGGACUCUUUCUGAAACGAAAAAAAUUCCUGUACCUAAAAGCCAAUUGUCCUUUGAUUUUAAACAUAAUAAUGUAGGUGUUAUAACAACUAUGCGAAUUGGACAUGACAACAGUGGUUUGUAUGCCAAAUGGAUGAUCGAUUAUGUCCUUGUAAGGAAUGGAAUUACUGGACAUACUUACAAAUUUCCUUGUGGUCGAUGGUUAGGUAAAGGAGUCGACGAUGGGUCAAUAGAACGUUUAUUAGUGGGACAAAUAAUCCAUGAGCAGGAAGAAGUGGAUGAACCAGAGCAGAGCAAAAGCAGAACGAGCUCAUUAACCAGAUCGAAAUCACCGGCACCACCACGAUCGAUUGAACUCAAACCCUCGCAAAUUCAACAUUUGCUAGGAGAUUGCGUGAACCGCAUUGUUAAAUGGCACUAUAAACGUAGCUCUGAAAGAAAUACUACCCUUACUGCGCUUCUCUGUGGAGAAAAUGGUCUUGUGUCUUGCCUUGAGUUAGUCUUUUUGCUGGGUUUCAAAUCAGCCAGAAUGUUUGGCAGGCACCAUUAUUUAUGGGAUUAUUUUUCUCGUGUAAAAGAACAGUGGGAAUUAGAACUCGUCGAAGAAAAUUUCAACAAUCGUGGUAAUACAUUAGAAAGAAGCCACCAGGAGCUCGUUGCAAUCAUGAGGUGUUAUUGUCAUUUAAUUGACGAAAUCGAAUGUGCUAGUAAAAGUCUUGGCAAAGAUGGGAAAUUUCAGCUAUUUAUCUGUUUAAGUGUCAGGGAGCAUCUCCUACAUCGUAUGCUGGUACAUCUAUCAAACGCAAAAGCUACCCAAGACAUGUAUGACGAACAAUCGUUCUUACAAAAUAAGGGUCUUUUGACAUUUUUAAGACAAAUUUUAUUGCCCUUAGAUGAUCUCGAUGUUGUGUUAGAGAACUCCGUUACUCACGGCAUUUCAUCACCUUCUCAUUAGAGUAGUUGUUCAUUAUUACAUUAUUAAUUUAAAUUAAUACAUAAUGAUACAUGCAAAAAAGUGAAUUGAUAUUUUUUGUUAUAACAAUAAAAAAAGAAAACUGAUUUAAUAUGCGAAUGAUCUUCCAAACAAAACAAACAAAUUUUUUAUUAAAAUAGCUUAGUAUCUAAGUGGAUAAAUGAAAAAACAUUGUCGAUAUUUUUUUAAUUGACAAUUAUUCUUAUUUUUAGUUUUAAAAAAUGCCAUGAUUAGUUCUCAUUCUCACUAUUACCGUAGUUUAUUGUUGACUGAAUGGCAUUUUUGUUUUAAUUGUGUGUAGAUUUUUCGUCAAUUUGAUUAUUUUCUAGUCUUCCAUUUUCAGUUACCGUUCGAUAUUAUUUGGAAGUGAUAAAUUUAGGUGUAAGGAAAGCGUAGCUUUAGGAUUUUCACCAUACUUAAUCAAACUUUUAGCUUUAGGUAGUGGUACUAAACUUACUUGCCAAAUAUGUUAAUGUUAAGUAUGGUGAUGUAUUACAGUACCUUUUUUCUUCGAUAUACAAUCAAAUAUUUCAUUUUUAAUAAUUUAUUUAAAAUAAUAACAAUCUCAAUAUAAAUUCCUACAUUUUCCAUUAAUUUUAAUACAUUUCCAGUGAUUUUCAUUUCAUAAAAAUUGUCUUAAACUUUUAACUAUAUUUUGGAAACGGUGGUGCAAUAAAUUAGUGCAAUAGCAGAAUAACAAUAAAAAUUGAUGACAUAUCAACAUAAUCUUUUAAAUUUU